AAUCUAAAUGUUUUAAAUGGUUUAUUCCAUUAGCAUCAUUAGAUUCAUUGUUUCGUUCGAAUCUAAAGCGACUGAGAAUUUUCACGUGAGCCAAAAAGGUUGUGGAUCUGACAAUAGCACACACCCAACAGAGAAGAGAGAAGUGAAAAAAAGAGCGUGCGUGUGUGGUACUCUUUGUGGAUGCCUGUCUGUGUGGCAUGAGAUACAGUAGAGCAUCCUGAUUGGCAGGUUUUCAGUGUGGCAGGGCAUUUAUCAGAUUCUUAUUUUAUCACAGUUGUUCCCAUUGUUUACGGUGGUGAUUUAAAUAUUACUCCAUGUUGGUUAAAUGGUUGUAAAGGUCAUGUUGAAUGUGUGGAUGUAUUCAGAUCUAAAUAUAUUAAAUAUUUACCUACAGAAUACCUUGGGUUUUGAUAUUGUAAUGACACUUCUUAAUUAAAAAAAAUAUACAUUUUUGUUAUUGUCCAUUAAGAGAGUGAAGUAAUAACAUGUCAACAAACCUAGUGCUAGAUUUUUUUUUGUCAAAACACCUGAUCUGUUCUUUAAAUUUAAGCAUGACUUUGAAAUAUUUCCUUUAUUUUUUUUAUUUAUAGACAUGCCAACUUAUACAUUAAGAUAAACCUCUCUUUAAACAAUAACCUCAGACUCCCUAUGGGACCCCAAGCCACAUCUUGGCAACGCAAAAAUAAUAAUAAUAACAAUAAUCAUAAUAAUCUACAAUUCCAUCACUUGAUGUUUUUUUUAAUGUUGUAAGUUAUCAAUUGAACACAGUUGAUAUACAGUGUUCUCCAGAUCCGUGUUGAGGAGUAAAGUGAACAGGUGGGGUGGGUGAUAAUAAAAAAGAAGGAUCUACUGUGUCAGAGACACCCAGCAGCGGAUCACCUCCCGUUGAGUAGUUGUAUUGCAAUAGAGCCCAGAGGAGCCGAGGCGCAUGCAGACCAUCAGACUGUGCUUUUUCAGCCGGGGACUAGUUUUCAGCCCUUCACUCGGGUCUGGGUAAACAGCACCGCCCCGAUGGUUGUUUGUUUGAAGUGUGGAACGAUCCAUCGCGCUGCGCCGGGCUCGAUUGACACUGUCUGCUGAUCUGCUGCUGCGGAUUGCUCCGAAUAACAAGGCUGCUCGCUAAUUCCCGUCUACCGCCGAAGCACCGAGAAGAGUAGGGUCGGCAAGAGAAAAAAAAGCCAACAAGGCAGGCAAGACCGCCGAGCCGCCGGAGUCCGCACCCCAGAAUGGCUUCGGGAGACCUUUACGAGGUAGGAUAAAAGCGUGUCCGAGGAAAAUGCUCUGUAAUAUUGACGAAUAAUGGAAUUAGGAAGUAAAGGGGAGGGCGUCGCGCAUGUAAAACGCGGUGUCCUGAGCCCUUUAACACGCAAAACUAACCCUGGUCGAGCUUUGCCGAGGCAACGUGGACUGACACACUUUGUGUCGCCCCCGGUGCGUACUUUGACAUCAGUGUUUGACGGCUGCGGCUGACAGAUAAGAAGUCGUUUACGGGCUGAACUCCUCACUGUGUCGCCGAGUUGGAAGUGAGUGGUGUGUGGUUAAGUGACAGCAGCGCAGAGCGGACGGACAUGGUGAAGCAGCUCAGAGUGGGGACGACGACGACGACGACGAUGAAGAUGAUGAUGAUGAGGAGGAGGAUGUCAAAAGAAAUGUACAUCAACAGUCUUCAUCAGUGUUGAUGUCUCCGCGGAGACAUCAACACUGAUGUCCGCUCAGCCACACGGAGAACUCUUUUACCGCUCCUAGAGUCCGUUAGUAAAUUAUUCAGACUCCAGAGAGAUGGGCGUAAAAGUUGCCCCGAACGGGUAACGGGAAGGUCACGUCCCCCUCGUCCUCACCUUCAUCAUCAUCAUCAUCAUCAUUACGGCCGUAAUCGUUUUUUAUCAAUAUCAUGUUUUAGAAACUAAAGACAGAACAGAGGAGGAUCUAAACAAAUGUAUGCGGUAGUAACGUAUCUACUGGUUUGAGAAAUAGGAGACAGACUGUCUCAGGAAUGUGUCACACACGUGUACAGGUGGAACGUAUUGUGGACAAGAGGCGGAACAAGAAGGGUAAGUGGGAGUACCUGAUCAGGUGGAAGGGUUAUGGGAGUAAGGAGGACACAUGGGAGCCAGAGAACCACCUACUGCACUGUGAGGAAUUCAUUGAGCAGUUCAACAGUUUGAGACUGCACACACACAAACGACCCAAAGUAUCAAAAAGCCGCGGCGAGUCCCUCCUUACGAACCACAAACCUGCAACAGAACAUGCCAAAGCUAGGUCUGAGACCCGCAAAAAGAGAAGGACUGGUGGCCCAGCGGUGGGGGUUGGUUUAGGAACUGUUCUAGGAACUGGGAGUGGCGCGUCAGGGGCCACUCAGAAGCACAGAAAGAUAGGUGUCGGACCUGGAAAACACCUUUUAGGGGACAGAAUGAGAAAAUCCAUGACAUACAAGGCACCAGUGUCAAUGGGGGCUCAUUUUGUCCCUCCUGUGAGGGUUCCUCAUAAUGGACUUCAGAAUGGAGAUAUGGACCCUCUCAAGCACAGAGCAACAAGGUCUCAUCGACUGCCCACAGACAAAGUGGACGGAGAACAAGGAGACGCCGACAAUACUGGACAGCAGUAUACCCCCGAACUAGGUUGCCCACUUCCUAAUGGAAAGAUGCAUCUCCCCAGCUCGGUAAAGCGGAAGCUGGGGGAGGAAAAAGGCUACGUGUUUGACAAGCGGCUCAGGUACAACGUGCGACAGAAUGAGAACAACUGUCGAUUCCGAGACAUCGUGGUGAGGAAGGAGGAGGGAUUCACGCACGUCCUGUUGUCCAGCCAGACGACGGACAACAACGCUCUGACACCAGAGAUCAUGAAGGAAGUGUGUCGAGCUCUGGCUAACGCAGCUGCAGAUGACAGUAAACUGUUACUGCUCAGUUCCGUCAGACCCUUUUUCUGCAGUGGCCUGGAGCCGUCCUACCUGAUUGGACGUCUGUCCACUGACCGCAGGAAAGAGAGCAGCCGCAUCGCAGACGCCGUGCGGGAUUUUGUGUUGGCAUUUAUCCACUUCAAGAAACCCAUUGUCGUGGCGAUAAAUGGGCCGGCUCUUGGCCUGGGGGCUUCGAUCCUGCCACUGUGUGACGUGGUGUGGGCCAGUGAAAGAGCCUGGUUCCAACUUCCGUGCGCAGCCAUCCAUCUGACCCCGUCUGGUUGCUCCUCCUACACCUUUCCACAGAUCCUGGGUGUAGCCAUGGCCAAUGAAAUGCUAUUUUGUGGAACAAAGAUCGCGGCUCAAGAAGCCUGCAUUCGAGGCCUGGUGUCCCAAGUUUUCUGGCCAAACACGUUCAACCAAGAAGUGAUGCUGCGUGUGAAGGAGAUGGCGUCCUGCAGUGCAGUGGUUUUGGAGGAGUCCAAAUGUCUGGUGAGGAGUAUCGUCAUGUCUCUCCUGGAGGAGGUGAACGAGAAGGAGUGUCAGAUGCUAAAGCAGCUGCUUUCUUCAACCAAAGGCCUGGAGGCGCUCUUCAGUUACCUUCACGGCAAAGCAUAGAUAAGUACAUGUCCAGAGCCAGGAAAGCAGAGGUGGUUCAAGUCGGGGACACUCAGAGGUGGGAAGUUGUGAUCCGCAAUCUUUCUUCAGUUCCGUCCGUCCUCACAGAGGACACACAGGAGGUCUGUUUGUUUAAGACCUCACUUCAUGACCAUCUUUAUUGUGUGCUCCUCAUCUGGAACACGUAGAUGUCCGUUUUCUUUAUUGUCAAAGGGCGAAGAGACGAAUUAGCAUUGCUUAGAAGCUUAGACGUUUUCAUAAAAUCAAUGUCUUUCGGUUAGGACAUUUUAAUGUGAUGUUCAA